AUGCUGUGGCUAGCACUCACAUUGUCCUUUCUAGGGUUGCCAGCCACCGCUACAGCCGAUUCCUUUGCUCCUGUCGCCUCGUCCGAAGCGUCCUCGUUAGCAAUCGCAACGUCAACUGUCUAUAAUGUAGCAGCUGCAGCGGAUAAUGGCGGGAAACAGGUUAUCAAAGUGGCUUGCUUCGUGCCGCUGGAGAUUCCUUUCGGCCAGGCCAUAUACAGAGCAUUCCUCUCACCUUCGCCUGUUUUCGCCUUCCUUUCCCCAUCUUCCUUCCGUCCCUGUCCACGUGUAGCCGUGCGAUUGGCCGAGGCGCAGGUCAACGGCAACGACCAGCUGCUGCCAGACUACAGGAUUGAGGUCGUGCCAGUCAACACGAGUCUCUCCACCACGCAGGCUGCCGCCGCAGGUACAACCCUCUCUCCCGCUCCCCCUGUCCAUGCGAGUGUGGUUGAGUCUCUCUCACACCCCCCUUGCAGUGGUGCAGACAAUGCUGGCAGAGAGGGUGGUCGAAGCAGCGAGCCCUCCCUUUCCCACCCUCCCUCCUCUCCACCCACCUUCCCCCAUUGGCAUUCUUCCACACCUCCUGCAGUGGUGCAGACAAUGCUAGCAGAGAGGGUGGUGGCAGCAGUGGGUCCAACGACCUCCUCCCAGGCGCACGUGCUCUCGGCCAUCCACACACAAGUGCAGCUAGCAGAGAGGGUGGUGGCAGCAGUGGGGCCGAUGACCUCCUCCCAGGCGCUCGUGCUGUCCGCCAUCCAUACGCAAGUGCAGGCGGGUGCUUGCCUGGACUAUUGGGUUGAGCCGACUCUCAUGAGUCACAAUGCCGCCUGCCUCCUGGCUCCCUCCCCUCUUCGGCCUCCUUCCGCCACGGACCCCUCCCUCUCAGCCGCGCCUAUCUUUGUACCAAUGGUCUCCUAUUCUGCCACGGAUCCCUCCCUCUCUGCCGCCUCCUACCCCUUCUUCACGCGCACCAUCCGCAGCGACGCUCUCGAGAUGCAGGCCAUAGCGGGUGAGUGA